GAGUGGAAUCUGGGGCUGAUGCAGAGAUAACGAGAUGGGGAAAAUUGUUUUGCAGGUCGUCUCUACAACGUGCAAGCGAUCUACCCGAAGCUGUUGCCUGUCGGUUUAUUAACUGCAAGGACGCUUGGGUAUCGGGAAAGGUGACCUCACCAUGUAAGGGCCCGGUCACAGAGGAGUGCCGACGUCACGCGUUAGACUUGUGAACAUCUUUGACGUCACGUAUGCAGUCUUGGGGUCAAGUAAUCCUCUGGGUGGAUGAGCUGCUGUAAGACCUGCGAAGGGGACGCCUGCGGGUGAGAGGAGAAGAGCCCGUUGUGGAGCGAGAUGGCCGCUGAGGAAAGGAGGGCGGGCGAUCGGGUGUAAUCCUUCCAAGGGGCGUUCAUGUGCCUUCCACCGGGUUGAGAUGGUAUGUCCAGCAAGAACCUGGCAGACUGUGACACAGAAAGUGAAUGUGGUUUUUAUUCUGACUAUUGGGAAGAAAGUGUUAUAUACAACAAAGGUAAACUGAAUGCAAGACAAUAAAGAAGUUCUUUGGUAUUUUCACUGUUUCUUCUAAAUUACUAAAUCUAUUGUCUUUAGCACAGGUAGUUUGCAUUUUUGUUAUAAUGGUGAAUUUUGUAAACAUCAACACUUAGAAAGCAAAAAUCUCUGCUGUUUUUUCCCUUUAUUUCUCCUAGAUUUGACUGACUCAAGCACUGAAAGUUAUUUCUCUUUUGAUUCAUGCAGCUUGUUUGAAAAAGAAAAAGGGGGAAACAAAUUGGAUAGCAUAGUGCUUAACUUGGAAAAUAGUCAAGCAAACAGUACAAGUUUUUGCAAAGACCACCCUUUACUGCAAGGAGAAAAAGUAGAGUGUACUAGUAAAUUGCAAGAGGAAUUAUCACUGGAAUCUAUAUUGUAUUUAAAGUGUAAGGACUAUAAUACAAAUGGUCAUUCACCGAAAUCUUUUUCAACCAAAAUAGUUCCAUUCAUAUACAGUAACUCUUAUGGAGACCAUUUGUGUUUAUGUAAAGCAGUCCCUCAACUGAACAUUACUGAAAAUUCAACCAAAGGACACAUCAUUUAUACAGUGAAAGAAGCUUGUGCUUUUGAUAAAUUCCAUCAGAAUCAGUCAUCAGAUGGUAACACUCUAGCUUCAAAGCACAACAAAGCUGUGCAGGUUUCUUUUACAGAAAUAAAACCUGAGGACAAUAUUUGCUAUAAAUGUUUUAAACAGUCACCAGUAUCUACUGAGGUAAAUAAACAACUGAAGAAACCUACAAAUGUUCAUAGUUUUGAAAGCCGUUUGGUAAGUAGCUAUUCAGAUUACUCCUCAGAAUAUUCUUAUCAAAUUGACAAUCCCCAGACUGUUGAGCAAAUCUCACAUUCCGGUUCAGAAGAGCCUACUUUGAUAGUGGAAGCAGCUUACGCAUAUCCAGCCGGUUCAUUAGCAAGUGACACUGAUCUUUCAGAUGUGAGGGUGGAUGAAGAUUCCCAGAGGAAUACCUUAGGUUUCCAAUUUAAAGACCCUGAACAUAACCAACCAUUCAAGAAGUUACAUCUUACUAUUGUUCCACAGAAACAAACCACAAAUUUUAAAAAGCAGGUAGGACUUUCUCAAAUUCUAAUUGAUGAAGCCGGUUAUCUUCUAGGAACUCACUCAGAAUCAUCAGAAUCCAGUACUUCCAAAGUAUAUUCUGAUCAAGCAUCUACAUCAAAUCUUUGGUCCUCAUAUAGGCCUUUUUCACCCUCCAAAUAUACGUAUGCAAAUCAGUUGCCUCAUUUUUUUGUUAGGUCAUUGUUCCCAAAUCCAGUUAAACCAGCUUUUCAAAAAAGUAAACCAAAAAUCUCCAAGCCUGUAAAAUCUGUUGUAUUUACCAGGCGCAAAACAUUGCAAAGAGACCAAAAAUGUAAAAGUAAGCCAUGUAACUUCUCCAAAUUUCAUUCACCCAAAACAUUGGAUGUUGAGCCUACAGACAAAAGAGUAGAAGAAGCAAAAAUAAGUGAGCAAUGCAUGUCUCUAAAUCAGACAUCUAAGUGUCAUUGCAGCCCAUUGCUUGACUUAACUGUUGAUCUGCAUUCUGAAGAUAGAAAUUCUGAGAAGUUCCUAACUCUUAAGAGAAGCUCCCACAAACGAACUCGAGUUGGCAAAAUCAUUCAUAGAUUUUCCUCCUGUUAUUUGCUAAGUCCUAAAAACAGUUCUGAAAGGCUUAAUUAUAUUUCUCCAAUUAGAAAAAAAAGUAAUUUAAAGAUGCAAAACAUACUGAAUUAUUUUUUAGGCUGGACUGGCAGACAGAACAGAGAUGAAAAAUAUAAAGAGGAUAUUUCUCCCACUUCAAAGAUAAAGGCAAAUGAGCCUUUUAUUUCACAUAUGCCAGCUGACAAAAGGAGUUCAACUGUUCCACUUCAACCACAUUCAGAGAAUUAUUCUGUUUCAUUUCCUACCACAUUGCCUUUUGCAGAUGAGAAGAGGCGUUCACAAAUUCCCUCUUUACAAACUGGGAGGAGGAGUCCUACAGCACUGUAUACUUUUCCAAAUGAAUGUAAGCAUUCGUCUGGUCCCUGUGUGGAAAUGGAUAGGGUUCCUUGGAGUCCUGUGAACUCUUGUGCUCAUGGUAAAUAUAGCACCUCUCAUUCUCCAUGUUGUGCAAAUAUUAAAGUAGAACAGUUACCAAAGAAAUUAAAUAUGUUUAAUAAUACAGGUGUGGAAAAACUGAAUGUUGGAUCUGGUCAGAUAGCAGGUGGAGGUUUGGUCCUGAAGAACUUCUCAGUCUGCCCCUGUGGAACUAUGUCACAAAGUGGUUUGUUUCCUAACAGAGAUAUUUCAGAGUCAGGUAGGAGGAAAACUAUAGUAAGCCCAGAUAGUAACUGGAGAGCCAGUAAGGCUGACUCAAACAGAUGGAAUUCACUUGCAGGAACCUUCAGCACAAAGGAAGGGUGCUGUAGUUGUCACCAUGUCUCCCCAACCUGUUCUUUGCACAAUUCAUGUAAACAUGAAGCUCCAAGAAAUCAGGUUAUUGAAGUGGCAUCUUUAUUUGAGAAUGGAUUUCCCAUAAGGAAUUUGAAGGAGGAUGUAGAAAAAAGCAAAAUAGUGAAAACAGGUGAAAGAAAAGUCAAGUUUCAUCUAGGAUCAGAUGCUUUACAAGAGACUGACCCUUUAACUACACACAUUUCAUCACCAACUAAUGAGUAUCAUCAAAUACCAAAACAUUUUGUUUAUCAACCUGAAUGCUCGUGCUGUCAGACUGCUGUUAAAGAACAUCUCAACACAUCAAAAGAAGUGUCUAAUUGCCUUGUUUCAGAAAACUACAUGCCAAAGAACUACCUCAACAGAGAGAGUAUUUUUCUAGUGGAUCCUAAUCGGGGGAUUAGAAGCCAAUGUAAAUGUUCCCAUGAAAUCUCUCUCUUCAACCCUGAGCAAAUUGAUCCAUAUAAAGGAAACAGAUCUGAAGUUUCAGUGAGGAAGGAUCCCAAACUUAUUCAGGAGUCUUCAAGGAUUAAUCAUGGUUGGAAAACACUUGAACGCUGUAAAUACUGCCAAGACAAAAUUCAUUACAGUUAUUUGCAGUAAGAAAGCAAUGAUU